AUGAGAACUUCUUUCUCGUCCAUUCUUUUCAGCCUUGGGCUGCUCUCCGUCGGUGUAAUUGCUUCACAGGAGAUACAAACCUCAAUCGACGAGUCAUGUGGCUGCACAGUCAAGUACAUCGUCGUUGAGAUGCCGCCUCAGACAGUCUCUGCCAACACGGCCACUACUCUCACUACCGGUUUAGUCUCUGCCGCUCAAGAGACUGCCACUGUCAAAACAAAGACCACCCCUAUUCGACCCAAGUCAUCUCAAACCACAAUCCACGCAUCCUCUACAGCCCACCACAAUACUACCGCUACAUUUGUUCCCAAGACUCCCCCUAAGGUUGACUGCAGUAACCCCGAGAAUGCAGUCCCCAAGAAGAAGAUUGCCAUGUCUUACGGCGACCUGAGCGAUGACACAGUUAUUGACCAGAACAGUAACGUCCCGAAACCAGCUGACAAGCCUUCCAACGGUACAUUCUCCACUUUCAACGCCAAUAAGAACACUACCUCCGAAAAGGGGCCUAGUGGAUCAAUCGAUAUGGAUCUAGUCAUGAACCAUCCAGCUGUUGUACUAGACUACAUUGAUGCCAUUACUUCUGUAGAAUGCACAUCCGACUCUAUUGAGGUGAAAUUUGGCAAGUCUACUGCAUUCAACAAUGCAGUCAAGACAUGGCUCGACACCUUUAUCCUCAUUACAAGCAACAUGGGCAACUGUAAAGCUGCCAAUGGUCAGGCUUUCUACCUCGUUGAUCGCGUCACGGCGGACAAAGAACAAAAGUCUAUCACCUGCCAUGCCUCUGAGCAGAAGUUAGAAGACAUCGCUGAAACUUGCGAAAUGUCCUUCAACUCGAUCCCUGCCACCAAGUUACGAAAGCGCCUCAACAUUAACCCCAGUCUAUCGCUCGACUUCGGUGCUGGACUCGAAAAAGAUACAGUCCUUUUCAGUGAAGAACCCUUUGUCAGCAUCAAGGCUGAGCAAGCAGAGUUUUCUUCCACCAUUUCCUUCUCAGGACGAGCCAAGUACAACUUUUGGAAGUUCAAAAUGGAACAUCUUUACUUCGAUCUCAAUACUCGUUUCAAUGCCGAUGUGGCGCUGUCAGCCGACGUAGCAGCAGCUUGGUCUCGAUCCAUCUUUUACGACCCCGAUACCCUCACAUUUAGCGUCGUCGAAGUCCCUGGUAUUCUUUCCCUCGGACCAGGAAUUGCAUUUGCGGUUGGGGUUGAUGUGGAUACUUCAGCAGCUGUCGCAGUCCGUGCCGGCGCCGGCAUCUCCAUCCCCGCUGGAAACGCCCAUCUUGAUGCUCUCGAUGGUAGCAAGAACAGCGCUACAGGAUGGGAGCCACAGUACACCUCCUACGCCGACAUCAGCCAGAGUGUGGAGGUUGGUCUGAACGCGAGUGCAUCGUUGACUGUUCAGCUUUCAUUCAAGCUACUCGGUGGUCUUGUUGAUCUCAGCAGUGGACUUACAGCUACACCUGGGAUUGUGAACAAGUUCAGUCUUGAUGCAGUCCAAUCUGGUCAUGCUUCGAAUGAUGGUGUUGGUGGUUCAGUCAGUACUCCUCCUGGCGAAUGUGGUGUGUCGCUCAAGUCAGACUUUGUGUUUGAUCUUGAUGGUUUUGCGACUCGAUGGGUGAAGGGUAACCUGUACCAUGUCGAGGUGCCUAUCACUGAUAUCUGUUAUGCGUUCUAA